AAACAGCUGGAAUUACCAGCCCAGAAAGUACUCUAUGUAAAUGAGAAAGUAGAAGAGCAGAAGCUGGGAGCGAACGAUGUGGCAGCGUCACCCGAAAUUAACGGUGCAGCAGCAGCCGGUGAUGCGAACAUGAUGAACGGUAUUGCUGUGCCGCAAACCUUCUCCAGUACAGAUUCUUCCUACGACACCUCCUACAUCGACCAGCAUUUCAACAAAGCCUACAUGGAUGGCGAUUAUAGCUUUGUUAGUACUACUUCUUUGCGAUUAAUAACGAUCUGA